ACCAGUUUUCGGUGUCACUUAGUGUGGAUAUGACGCAGGAAUCGGGAACGGUUCGUAUUAUCCUUUCGCGUCAUAUCGAAUCGGAUCGCAGUCACUAUUUGCUAGUUGUCGUCUGAAUCGAGGCUUAUAUAUAAAUAGUGGCACAACUAAAAUGUGAAGAUUAUUUGUGUAUGGUGGUCUCGACGACAAGCAAUCCCAAGGCCUUGCCCGAUAGCCAAGACCGUACGAGCAAGGACUCUUCCUACGCGGGCCUUUGAUUCCUUUGCGGUGUACUAGGAGAUUUGUUUGUAUCAUUGUUUAUUUACGCGGCUAUGAUAUUGUCGCGCGUCGUUACGUUAAUUUAAUUGUCCUUGCGGUAGGUGAGGUCCGAAUUGAAUUCAACGACAAACAGGUGCGACGAAAUCUGCUCGAAGCGAUUCAUUUUCAAAGUUCGGAGGAGCGUGUGAUGCUGUGAGAGUGCGAGGCUUUGAAGGCAACGUGUUUGUUAUCGUACGCAAGGAAAGAGUGCCAAUUAAUAAUUCUCCAUCAAAAGGGAAAUGUAUACAUGAGGCGGGUUGAAUAAAGGCAAUAUUACAUUUAUGUAAGCCAAGCGAAGCGUGAAAGUGCAGAGUGGGAAGGUGUUUCGUUCGUUUCCUUUAUUAUUCACAAAGAAGUAAUUUUCAACAGCAAGGACGACAGCAAAGGGGACGAUAUAACAACAACGAUAUCCUUUCCCUGAUUGAGCUCCGAACCUUGGCUGCCGACCUUCGCCAAGCAUUUAUACGUAGGACAUUUAGAGUCGAACGUGGGAAAACAAAAGUAUUCCAGGAAACAUGUGGAAGUUGUUGCUUUUGUUUGGAUUAUGGACUUCAAUUGUAGUGAGAGAUUUCUCAAUUGCUGUAAUGAUAACAAAUCUCAAAGUUCCAACCACCUACACAUUAGAGGAUAUUAAAAACCCAGAUCCGUUGAUACUAGAUUGUGAAUACGAAGUGGAUUCGACAGAAACUGGAUUUGUUUUGAAAUGGUUGCUGAAUGGUGUUCAGAUUUAUCAAUGGAUACCAGAGCAUAAACCCUUUCCUUUGGGCUCAAUGAAAUCGCGAAUCGAUACGUCGUUCUCGUUAUCCACCGACUUUCACCACCGCCAUCGAGCCAUAUCCAUUAUUAAGCCAGAAUGGAAUAUGACCGGAGAAUACACAUGUUCCGUACAAACGUUUCAAUCGUCGGAUCGAAAAUCAUCAUAUUUACAGAUAAUUGUGCCGGAAACGGAUUUUCAACUGACGGCUAAAGUCGAUUUCGCAGCAAACGACGUAAUUAUCGUUUGUAGCGUGCAGAAUGUGUUCCCGGAGCCAGUGCUGACAAUAUUGUUCAACAACGAUCAACCAGUCCAUGCCAUCAAGAAUUUGAAGAAAAUGCCGAAUCAUUUGUACAGCGGGAAUGUGACGGUGGAGCUGCCUCGGUCGCAGAUAGAGUCGCCAACACCAAUAAAUUGUGUCCUAACACUGCCCGGGUCGAAUUACACCAAGCGGAGGGAGACCAUCUUCUACGAUCAAGGACUCACAACCACGGUGGAGCCUUGUGAAGAGGAAAUUUCGAGUGCUAUAUCCCGGCUCGAAGGAGACGGCCUGAGAGGUCAUGCAAAUAUUAUACUAUCAACGAUAUCAUCCAUAUUCAUCAGCUACUUACUUCUAGUCAUCAGUUAGUUAAUAAAGGACUUCUAGGCUAAUAAUGAUAAAGAAAGCGUAGGAAAAACCACCCAAUAAAUUAAACGUAUUUUUGUAGAUACAAGACAAGAAUGGCAUAAGUUACGAGAGAAUUACGUAUGAAAAUAGAUAAAUAUAUAAAAGAAAGACACAUAAACAAUAAAUCGCUAGCUGAAACGUAUUCUGUGUACCCCAUUAGAAAGUAUGCUACUACCAAGCGGUUCAGGCAAUGAUGCUAGGAAGCUUUUCCAUCUAUUUCAACGUCAGUUUUUCUCCGCACUACAUAUGAUUUGUGCAGAAAAGUUAUUCCACUUUUCGUUUUCUAAUGUUUAGUACUCAUAAAAACUCAGCGGAAUAAGCCCGGAAGGUUCCACCUUUAUCGUGCGGGAUAACCCCAAGUGGUUCCAUACUUGCCAUAGCAUGUUAUUAGCAUACUUUCAUACUUUAUUAUGUUUUCGCGAGUUUAUUGGGUUCAAAGCAAGGCUAUAUAUUUUUGUUGCUUGAGUAGGAAAGGACGAGAAAGGAAGGGAAAUGAAUAUUUUAAGAAAUGUGUAGAGGAAAUAAAACAAUAAAAGCGUUUUAGAGUUGUAUUAUCAGUUAAAUGAUAAAUUUAAAAGAAGUCGGACAUUUUUAUAAUGUAUGAGUAAAGUAGCAAAUUAAUUAGUUGAAUGAGUCAAAUAUACGUAAACAUGCUGAAGUUGGAGGGAACGAGCUCGAAGAAAGGUUUCGAAAUUAUUUAUUUUAUUUUAAUGUUAUUUAAUUUAAGUCUAAUUGAUGACGUUUUAUUUUCAAUAAUUUGAUUAUAAUAUUUUAUUUCAAAGUAAAAUAUCCUGAAAGUUAUAGAAAAGAGGGUUUAUCCACUUUAACUUCAUUUGGAAGAUAAAUUUUGAGAGCAACAUCGGAAAAAUGGCAUCCUAUUGUCAGAACACUGUUAUACCUAGACCAUCCAGAUACUAUCCAUUGCUGUCAACAUAUUUCUGGGAUGAGAAGUGGAUUAUACAUAGGCUUUUGAAUACAUAUGUGUAAAUUAUUAGAAAGUACAACAUAUCCUUCGCCGCUAUAAACGAAUCAUUUCAUAUUUUAUUACCCUCAUAAAUUUGAAUACGCAGAAUGACACGCUGGAAGCUGAGACUAUAUAAUGGCGAUUUGAUAUGGGGUUGGUAACAACAUAGUGUGGUGUCAUAAAACAUUAAUAAUAGCAUCAAUUAAAUGUAACUGAAAAUUAAUACCCGCAAAUCAUAAAUCAAUAUUUAAAUUUUAUAUAACUGAAAAUUAGACUUAAUGGUGCUAAAAUAUAAUAGGUAAACUAUGCACUAGCUGUUAUCUAUUCCGAAUAAGUUCUCGGUAACAAAUUCUGAGAAUGCUUUUUCUCCGACCGCAUCCGAAGGUAAGUAAUUGCAUUAUGCCUUUUUUUUUAAAUUCUUGUUCACCAUUUUUUGCAAAUAAAAGAUACACCCACGUAUACUAAUUAAAAAUAUGUUGUGAUUGGCCUUUAAUUUAAAAAAAAAACAUUUUUUCUGCGAUAUUCUUUCAACGUAUUCUUAGUUUCACCGGAAUUCGUUAAGGGGGAUUAUCGGAAAUUAGUUUGGUUCCCUAAAGUUAUAACAAAAUGAUUGAGUUUUGUAUGCCUUCCGUUGACUCCUUUAAUAAAUGGAGGGUAUUGUCGGUCCAUCUUGUUAAGGUUUUGUGUACAAGAAACCUUAUGAAAAUUGUUUAACUGUCUGUCUGUCCGUCGCCCGCACUUUUCUCCGAAAUGACUAAACCGAUCAGAACGUAAUUCGAGUGAAUUCUCGUUAGCGCGAAUCACGUGACCAUACCGUCGAAGACGUCUUUCUCGUAAUUUUUCCACGAUUGGUGCAACCCUAUAUAGAUCGCGGGUAUCCUCAUUUCGA